AUGAAAAGGAAAAGAAGAAAAUCCUAUAGAAAAUGGAGACUCGCGAGUACCUCAGUGUGUACAUCUCAGCCUUCUGGUCAAGCAUGCCGAGAAAAUAUAAAAUAUCUUAGAAAGAAAGUGGAAAAAGACACCACAGGGCCUGUGUUUCAUCAGACUAGGGGGACAUCAGGGAAGUCUAAGGGAAAUGGAGAGGAGCAGACGUCUGCCUCUAGGAAUGGGAAGCAGAGUUGCUCUCCUUUCCCCAAAGCUAAGAAACGGCUUCCAUCGGACGGGAAAGUGUGUAGAGGGCAGGAGAACUGCAGCCCCCGCUCCGCCGUCUCUCCCCGGCUAGAAGGAGUCUCACCAGCGCUCAUAUUCAAUGACGGAGGAGAGUCAUCAUCAGGAAAACUUACACUGCAGGACGUCCCAAGUGCAGGAGAAGCCUUCAGACCCGCAAAAGGCAAGUACAUCACAGGAGUAAACUGUGGGGCUUUCAGUGUGAAAAUAGAAAUCAAGAAAAGCUUUUUCUAUAAAGCGGGAAUACGGUUCCCAACAAAAAAGAGGUGUGCAAGAUGUCACCAGUGUGUCUCUGUCAGACACAGGGAGAGACGCCGCCCUUCCAGGGACCCCCUUCCCAAACACAGGCGUGUCCUGGGAGAAGCGGCCCAGCCCCGGGAGCCCGAGCGGCCGUCCAAACGCCAAGGAGAAACGGCCAGAACUGAGACCCCCCUGCUGAAAGUCAGCGUGGUAGGAAAAGACCUCAAAGUUAAAUACGUGAGUAAGGAGCAGAAACUAUUAAUUAAUAUAACUCAUCCUAAAAGAAGAGAAAAGAUAACCGAGUCCAGAAGCAUUCCCUCCAGUCACACCCCUGAAGGACCUUCGGGAUCUCACUCGCAGUCUGGAAUUAAGCCCCCUGAAAAGAGGCCGCCUGGAAACCAGCCUCGGGGCCCAGACCAGAGGCAGGUCUCUCCUCCCGCUGUGUGCUCCGUCCAGAAGGAGGAGAAUUCUGAUACAGUCACGGUUUCUCUAACUUCCACUCCAGAGAGGGAGAGAGAGAAGCCUGACUCCUCACCGUGGGUCUCCGCUGACCGCCAGGUCCCAGUUGCCGGGUCUCAGCAGAAGGCCUUGAAAAUACCUCAGGACAUCCGCCAAAAGGACCACUUCUCUGUGGCCCAGACUUUGCUCAAAAGCAUCCUUUCUGCUCCACAUAGCACCCUGCAGACCGCAAGUUUCAGUAAUACCAAUUUGAGUAAAACGCCUUUUAAGAAUCCUGAGGAUGGACAUAAAGGGAGGAAAAUCAACUUCGAUAUCUCGGACAAUUUCACAUCGGCCCAGCACGUACAGCAGAGCACAGAACAAUCGAAUCUUUUGCCAAGUGCCCUUGCCGACGUCUCUCUGUUUCAGAAGGGCAGAGCCUCCCCUGGACGCUCUGGGUCUUCCCCAGACCCACAGCCCCGGGCAGGACAGGCGGCCAGCGCGGGGCCCGGGAGCGGCUGGCCUGAGCCUGCGCCUGCGCCUGCGCCUAACCCGAAGAAAGCCCCGGGGACCCGAUUUCCUCUAAUCACCGUACGGAAUUCGUGA